AUGGCAGCCCGCGAGUUCAGUCUCACAUUCGAAACCACCCCACCCACCGCAGUGCGUCCAGCUCUACCAUUCACCAUCCCCAUAGUGGUAGCCGUCCGUCCAGUUGGCGCCCCUCCAAACGCCCAACACCUGGUGGUGAAUGCCUCAUUGCGCAACGAAGCUGGCACCGGCCCAGCUGUCGGACUUAGCGGCUCUCUGACCGCGAGCGUGACCAGCCGCGCCGGCUCCGCCGCAAGCGGCUAUGCCAAAUUCCCAACCCUGUCCAUCUCUGUACCUGGCAAGUACCGGCUGCGCGUGAUGCUUAGCGCGGCCUCAGUCAACGGGGUCGUCACGAAGGAAUUCGUCGAUUCGGGGGUCAUUCAUGUGCACUCUGCUGCGCCGACUGCACAACGACCAAGUGCCGCACAGCUGGUAACGCUCCGGCAAUUGACCGGUGAGAACUUGGAUAUCUCCGCGGCGGAUAUCACUAGAUGGCAAUCUGCGUGA